CAAGCGUCUCCUCUCCGAAAUGAGUGGCAACGUACACCCCCAAUCCCCCUCAAACGCACCGCCGAACUAAACAGCUGACCCGCGAUCCAGGCCCACCCCCUCUUCCGCACCAGCCUCUGCUUCUACGCCGGCCUCUCCUACGAAUCUAUCGCCCACAGCCUCGCCACGACCUCCAACCUCCUCAUACCCAUGCUCGAGAUGGCCGAGCAGCAUUUUGUAGCGGCGUUGGCGUGCGUGGAGCGGGGGCGAGAGGGUUCGGCGGGAUACUUCAACGCGUCUGGCGAGAAUUGCAGGCACGGAAUGGAGGAGCUGGACUUUAUAGGUCGGGGAGAUGGGAAUCUGCAAGAUGAGGAGAUGUGGUUCGAUUCGUUCGCAGCGUAUCCGUAUCAUUUGGACGCGUUCAUGCAGACGUUGCGGGAUCAUGCGCAUCGGAUUCAUUUGAUGAGGGAGCGGGUGGAGGCGAGGAAGUUGGAGAGGGUGGAGGAGGGGCGAUUAGGGGAGAUGGAGAGGGAGUCGGCGCCGAAGGCACGGACGAAGCGGCUGUCACAUCGAUCCCAUAUGCUUGAAGUGGAGCAGGGGAAGGAGGCGGUGUGGGAGGAGAGGGACGAACGGAUGCGACGGUGGGCGACGAGGAGGCGGUUUUCGGCGACGAGGUAUCAGGAGCUGUGUAGGAAAGCGUUGGAAGAGAUAGUUCUGUAAGGUGGCGUUGACAUCGGGGAAGGCGGACAGAAUAAUGAAAAGUGUGAGGAGUUGUUCAACUUUGAAUGGACUGUUCUGAUAUUCUCGAGGCUAAUUAUACAUGAAACUCACGUUAUCCGUGCCUAUCAUUGGUAGGCAUUUCAGAGGGACUUUAUGAAAAGCCCUAAUGAUGGUAUGACCGCCUCGGUCAUCAGCUAC